CAGAGAGCUUAAAAAAGUUAUUUUUAUCUCGAGCCCAGCCUUCUUCCCGCGUGCUAGCCGUCCCGCUCAGACCGUUUUAACCCCAUCAAGACCCCCUUCAUUUCCACGCCGCCUGUUUGCGCAAGUAUUUCCUUUCCAUUUCUUUGUUGUUUUUAUUUUUCUCUCUCUCUCCAUCAUCCUCAACUUAUUCCUAUCUGCGCUUCAAUUCCAUUGUCUUGAUCAAACAUCGACAUAGCAGCUAUUCCCAAGUCUCUAACACGGCUCUCACACACUGGGGUACAUCACACCCGCUCUGUAUUAGCCCACUCGCCGGGUCUCUUUUACUUUGAUUCUUCCCUUUUAUUUCGAUUCCUCCCUCUACUCUUCUAUACCCUCACAUCGUAUCCAUUAAACAUGCGACCUACAAUCGCAUCCGCGGCGACAGUGCUCGCUCUCGCCUCCACUGCCAUUGCAGGCAACUUCGACUUCUAUCCCAAGGGCUCUCAAACCUGUUUAGAGGCCGCCUUGAACGCAUCCAAAUGCCCAGGAAGUGUAUCGGAACGCAACUCAUGCCUGUGCAGUGACGGUGGCGGUUUUGUAACCAACACUGCCAAAUGCCUGGGCAAGGGUAAAGACACCAGAGCCCUUGUUCCGGAUGUCUUUACCACCAUGGUAGGCGCUUGUGACACCUCCGACACGCCUCUAUCUGUCGAUCAGUCUACCUUUCAAAAUACUGCUGCGGAUGCAGCUAAAAAAGCAGAUGAUGAUGACAAGAAGAAGACCACCACAACCUCCAGUGCCGCAAAAACAACACCAACUAGCACAUCCACCACCAACACCAAAUCGUCACCUACCAAUAAAGACUCCAACGACAAGGACUCAAACAACAAGAACUCCGGCAACAAUGACUCCGGCAAUAAGGACUCCAGUAACAAGGAUUCUAGCAGCAACGGUGACAAGAAGAGCGGUCUCUCUACUGGUGCCAUUAUCGGUAUUGCCGUCGGCGCAGGAGUUGUUGGCCUGGCUGCCAUCGCCGUUCUGCUUGCUUUCCUGCGCCGAAGACGCGCUAUGAAGGCUGCUGAAGAACGCGACCCUAUGCUACACCGUUCAUUUGGAAACGAAGACGGUAAUGCCUUUGGCCAGUCGAUGCACAAUGAGCCGAUGAGCAGCUACGAUGGUGCGAGCAGCGUCUCAGCCUAUAACCGCGCCAGUGCCUACACACAACCCACAAUCAGCCCUGAGCCCCAAUACCAGCAACAGUACUCUCCUCCUCCUCAGCAGUACAACAAUGGCACGCCGCAGUUCAACCAGCCGCAGCAAUUCAGCCCACACCAUAGCUUCAAUGCCGUUCCUGCUGCUGCUGCUGCUGGAGCUGCUGGCGCCGCUGGUCUCGCCGCCGGUGCUGUUCCCGCUUGGUACAACCACAACCAAGCAGUUUCACCACCCCAACGUUAUGAGCCGUACGCAGCGCCUCCCUUGGUAUCGCAAAGUACCACGCCUGGUCCUCCUGUAGGCUUUGCGGAGCUUGCUCCCGAUGCUGCUGCCUCGCCAAAGCCCAGUGCUCCGGUGUUUGAGAUGGAUGGUGGUGUAGCUGGCGCCUCGUCAGGUUCGCAACCGCCAAAGCUUCCUGAACUCAUUCACCCUCCUAGCCUGCAGCCCCCAGGCCUACAGUCCCAGGAUAGAAGAUGAGACGGCGGAUGUUGAAUAGAGAACCAUUAUUUGAAAAACGUUGUUUUAACUACAUGCUGCAGAGCAAGCGUUGAUCUUUUCUUCCGUAUAAUAUUUAGUUACUUGUUACAGUUUGAUCUGGACUAUAUCAUAUUACAUAAAGUUUUUUGUUUUUUUAUAGACCUUUAAGCUUGGACUCAUUUUCAUUUUGUUCGCCAUUGUCACACGUGUGUGUCUUCUACCUGCCAAGACGAGGAGACUCUUAGCUAAAUAACCG